UGGAGAGCGAUAAGGUCCGGGAAGUUCGGGAGCGGGAGGGUGAAAGGCUGUUCGUGGGUGAGCUACGGGGGACUUGGUCAACGAGGGAAAGGAAAGGCCCUGACGAGGAGGUGGUGCGUGAUCCUGUCCGAUCCGAGACUCAUCUGUGUUCUUUGGUCGUGUUCCCGCCGUUCGAGCGCGAGAACACCAAACCCGUGUCAAGUCCAGGCCUCUAGUCCGGAACUCGACCGUAGCAUUGCCGCUCGUCUUCAACGAGCGAGGGCGCUGUUGAAGCUGCCAGCUCUUGUUUAUGCUACAGGUACACGCGCACACGUAGCGUUAUUUCCGGGUUAUAGAAAACAACGCAUUUUCCUCCUGAUCUACCUAUAUUAGUUGUCUGUGGUUGAUUUGAAACAGUUACGUCGAGUUAUUUUGCACAGUUUACCAAGAUGAGCAUUUUCAACAGCGACGUGCCGCUUGUGGUCUUGAAGAGUCUCUUCAUGAAGUAUGACAAGGAUGGCAACGGCUCCCUCACCAUGGAUGAGCUGAAGAUCAUGGCCCAAGACAACUUUGGCAUGAACAAGACCAAAGCCGAAGCCUUCAUCAUGCUGGUGGACAAAGACGGGAACCAGAGGGUCACCUUCCAGGAAUUCUACGACUGGUUAAAGAGUGGAGACCGCUUCUCCAACAUCGACGACUGUUCUCGCUUCCACUAUGUCAGCAAGGCCAUGGACAUGUUCAAGAAGUUCGAUAAGGACGGCAGCGGGAGGCUGGAGAGGGCUGAAGUGCAUGAGCUCCUACUUUCUAUUGGGGCCAGGCGAGAGCAGCUGGAUGCUGGCCUGAAGGCAAUCGACAAGGGUGGGGAUGGCACUGUAUCAUUCUCUGAAUUUUUGGAUUAUUUGAAUUGGUUGCCAAGGGACUAAAAGAGAGCGUUGUGAUCCGUGGACACGGUUCCAGCCGGCAAAUUUGUCACAAAAGUUCCAGUUUAAAGUAAUGCACAUUUCAGCUGCUUAGUUUUCAUGCAUUGCUAAAAUUUCAUAUAUUUUUAUCACCAGUUUGCUUAGCAUGAAGGACAGACUUGGUAUUUUUUUUGCCAUUUGGCCAGGGUGGUGACUACCCGCUGGAACCCUGAUUCAGGGUGAAAAUGUCAACUGUUAAAGGGUCUAUGUGAUUCGUUUUUGUGAGGGACAUUUUUUAUGUAACUUUAUUGUCUGUUUUUUUUCCUAAGGUACAAUUACAUGUGUGAAAACCUAUUUUGUUACUUGUACAUGUACAUUUGUCUUACACGUACAUGUACAUCCUGUUUUUCAUGAAUUAAGAAUAUUGGAAAUACUCAUUUUUAUACGUUUGAAAUUGUUCAUGCUUUAUCCAGAUUAGUGAGGGCUCUGUUGUGAUGUCACUCAAGGAAGUCACUUUUUCGUUCAUGGGUGUUUUUGGUUUGAAUUUGGAGCCAAAAGUUUGUGUAUUGAAAACAUUUGUACUUGGGUUAUCCGCCUCCGGCGGAAUCACCCCCUCAUCGGUUAAAAAGAACCAUGUUUGUCGGAAGUGUUCAGUUUGUUGGUAGUGAUAUGACUUCAAUGCCUGCAUUUCGUAGUCGGUCGUGAACCAGCAAUGCACAGUUACUACCAAAGGAGCCUCCGUUGCUAAGAAAACUGUGCCCUCUCUUGGUCCACGUCGGAGCCCAUUGCAGUGUACUUUCACAACAGUGAAUCACUUCCCAAAACGAAAUAUUUUGACAGCUAGGUAUCAAACAGUAUCAGCCCAAAUUGUUUUUGUUCCCCCGGGCUAUGCAGCAUUCAUGCUUAUUUUCCCUGAAUGACAUCACAGUUUUGCUCAUGAAUAUGGAAAUCAGCAUAAUUAGGAUUCAAAAUAUACCAACUGUGACCAACAUAUUCUUGAAACCACCAAACAAAAAGAUUAAAACUAGAUUAACUGAAACAGAAAGGUGCAUUAAGAACCUAGUCAGGUCAGAAAUCUGUCAAAAUGGUAUCCGAGAAAUUGAGGCUGCACAUGCAUACAUGUGUAUGUAUAUGCAUCUACGCCAACAGGUUACUGUGAAGGAACAGUGAAAAAUACCUUUGCCAAAGCUCAUUUUAAAAACAUUGUGCCUUUACUCAAGACUACACGAUUAGCUUGUUGACAUUUGAUGAUUGUAGUUGAAGUUUAAUUCUGCAGUGGAAUGAAAGUUUUAAAGAGGGUAAGGUUGGUGAUUUUUUAACAGACUGUAGACGACUGCAAUAAUUCAAAGGACCAAUUGCACAGUAUGUCUAUUUUGACUGUUUUUGAAUCUGAUAUCAGUAUAUUUGUGUAUGUUUCAAGGCAGCAAAUACAUUAUCCUAAAAUGUUAAAAUGAAAGAAAUAGGAAAUCGCCAAAGAUUACAUUUUUUAGUUCAAGAUCAUUGUGUUUUAAACAAUAGCAGGGAUUUAUAGAUGUUUUAUAUGGUGUUUUUAUAUGGUGGUUUAAACAAUAGUGUGGAUUUUUUAGUGUGGUGUAUUUAUACUAACCCGUUUAAAGAAGUUCAUCUGUAUUACUUUAAGAGUGCGUGCUACUUCCCUUAUCUGCUGAAAAUUCCUGCCGAACAGCAUUAUUUUUUUUUAUAUUUGUGGCGCAUAGUUCACAAGCUUCAUUGUGCACCUCGACGUUUGUUACAAUGUAAAAUAUAUUACAUGUAUUUAGGUAACCACCUUUCGAGAUUAUUACAUCUAGACCCACUGAUCUCUGGAAUAGAACAGGUACUGUUUUGAUAUCUUGUUAUUUUUCUGGAGUAUUUUUAAAGAGGAUGUAUUUACGGUCUUGCUGAAGUUUGGUCGUUUCCAAAGUGGUCGAGGUUACGUACCUCUUGCCAGACAAAAGUUCGGGAACCUUUUCCAGCUUUUCCUUCAAAACAAGAUGCAUUCUCUCUCCAUUAGAAAUGCCUUCACCUCUCUAUUAGACCUAAAGAAGUGCUCGUCUGGGUACCGGGUGCGUUCAGUGUGCAAAUGGGUAUCGGUGUUGGUGUUCAUCAGUGAUUCCAGAGCUUGGCUGUUGCAUUACACGCAAAAUAAUGCGCGUGCAUGAAAUGGGUAACGUGCUUAGUAAAUAUGCUCGACCCUGUUGUAGAGAGCGUAUGGGUACUCGUCAAUCUUGCAGAUCCUAGAAUCUUGGAAAGGUUCGAUGUGUCUGUAUCACUUGCCAUUUUGGAUGUGAAAUCGUGGUAAAAUGAUCGAAAAGUACUGUGAAUUCUGUUUACGAACUUUAGGUCCACUGCAUGAGGACAAAAUGGCAAGCUGUGUGAAUUACUAUGCAUUCUUGCAUGCUGAAUUUUGUGAGCUUUUCAAGUCUUGAUAUACCAAACCAAACGCAAAGUGCACCCAGGCAGCUGUAAAUGAAGACGUUUUUCAUGUCAUAAAAUAUAGUGUUUAAAUGUAAUGUUCAGAAUCCAGUUAGUUUCACGUGUAUUUCAAAUCGCAUCGUCGGAUCGUUCUUGCUUAGUGUUGCUCCGUGUUUGUGGAUUCUAGGUCGUUACAUUGGCCAACUCGGGUCUGGGGGCAGUCAAGGGCCUUCCACGCGGGUCAGUUAUAUUCAUUGGUGCUGGAAAAAAGACUUUCGAUAAAUUGGUUGUAGUCCCAUGAUGCAAAGUGCCAUUUAGGGCUUUUGUUUUCGUAAACAUAAUUUUGGUGUACUCUGGUACUACAUGGAGGAUACAUCUUUCCUAAACUCGAUAGUGAAAUGUUCAGACGGCUAAUGGGCUGAAUUGUUCACAGGCUGGGAGAGGCGAAGGAGGUUGCUUAGGCUUACAUUUUGUAUUUUAUACAGGAAAUUUGUUUAAUUAAGGUAAACAGUUUAUUUCUAUCCACCGAAAUGAAAUGUUUCAGACAUUUAUGUUUGUUGUUUCCUAAAAUGGUUUUUACAUGCAGAAAUAUUAAUCGGAAGUAGAGAGGAUUAAACAAAGCUGCAAGAUUUUCUUUAUGUUUUCAUACAUUCAUUUAUGUAAUGUGAACAAGCGACGCAAUAAAGGUGAACUUCACCAUUAGACUCUU